AAGAAGAAGAAGAUAGAGGAGAGCCUUCAUCCAGCGCUGCUUCCACGAGGAGAUACACACACACACACACACACACCAGCGGCUCUCAGGGCGACGCGUCGAGGAGGCUUGGCCACAGUUUACCCGAGGACACCUGCGGGAACUUCUCCAACCGAAUGUUGCUUUGAAUCUCAGAAACGGAGAACCUUUCUUCUAGCGCCUUCGCCAAUCUGCCGCGCAGCGAUGCUCCCGAGCCCCGCGACCUCGACUCCGUUUUCGGUCAAGGACAUCCUGAAACCGGAGCAGCAGCAGCAGCAUGCUUUGGACCCGAACGCCGCCCCGCUGCAGUCGCUGCAGCUCCAGUGCAUGCAGAGCACGCUGAGCCGGAGCCUGGACCUCCUCUACAGCCCCGAGAAGCACAGCGCGCUCGCCGGGGAGCAGGUGAAGUGCGCGCUCAGCUCCGAGGACUUCGACCUGGUCAGAAGCGCGUGCGGAUCUCCGACGGAGGAGGACAUGGACGCGGGUGAAGAAACAAGCACGUGUCCCUUUGACGAUUACGGCGGCAGGAAAGAGGACGCACCGGGGGAGAAAGCGAAGCAGAGGCUGCGCAGGAAGCCCCGAGUGCUCUUCUCUCAGACGCAGGUGUUCGAGCUGGAAAGACGCUUCAAGCAGCAGAGGUACCUGUCUGCGCCCGAGCGCGACCACCUGGCGCACGUGCUCAAGCUCACCUCAACGCAGGUCAAAAUAUGGUUCCAGAACCGGAGGUACAAGUGUAAGAGACAGCGGCAGGAUAAAAGCCUGGAGCUGGCCGGCCCGCGGAGGGUGGCGGUGCCCGUGCUGGUGCGAGACGGCAAGCCCUGCCACGGAGCUCCCUACAACGUCGCCGUGUCGUACCCCUACAACAACUAUUACAACGGCUACGGAAAUAACCCCUACCACUGUAACUUCUCGUCUGUGCCGCCGUUUGCCAACACGAGCCAGAUACCCAACCACUUUGUGGAUAUGAAUUUGACGACGGGAGGUGUCGAUGGGAUCAGAACUUGGUGAGAAGAUUGUGGAUUAAGACUAUUUAACCCAACGGCACUGCUGAGGAAAAUACACACUGUCGUGUCCUGUUAACUGUUGGCUCGUUUUUUAUAUAUAUAUAUAUAUAUAUAUAUAUUUUUUUUUUAUAUCUGUGGUUUACACAACGAACAACACCAA